AUGAGCACACAACAAUCGAAAGGAGCUUUUGGGUCAGUCUCCAGUUCAGGUGCGUCUAAUACAACUGUUACAAUAACAGCGCCAUCAACACCUCAGCGCAUUAUCCAAAAUUAUCUGUUGAUUUGGGUGGACGAAACCAUCGAUCAAACCAAAAAAGAUUGUCAGAAUACGUUGAAACAGUUCGGAGCUGCUGUCAAUGACGUCAUCAUGUUCAAUCAACCAUAUGAAUGUAUUCAAUUUCUCGACCAAACGAAUGAUGAACAAGCUUUCGUUAUUACGUCAGGAUCACUUGGUAAAAAUUUAGUUCCUGAAAUCCAUGGCAUGCCAAACUUAGAUGCCAUUUACAUAUUUUGUGGCAACGUAUCCUAUCACCAACAAUGGACUAAGAGUUGGAACAAAAUUAAGGGUAUUCAUAAUAAUAUCAAGGACAUCUGUGACGCCUUGAAGGAAGGUGUCAAACAAGUUAAUCAGGAUGCAACUCCUAUUAGCUUUGUCGCGGCGAAUGAAGCGGUGUCCAAUGAAAACCUAAACCAACUGAAACCCAAUUACAUGUACACACAAAUAUUCAAGGAUAUUCUCCUUCAAAUGAAACAUAACCAGAACCAAGAUAGCAAGACCUUAGCGGCUUAUUGCCGUGAUCUUUGUUCUAACAAUACUAAUCAACUAAAUGUUAUCGAUGAAUUUAAACAUAAUUAUCGUCCAGAACAAGCAAUUUGGUGGUAUACACGUGAGUGUUUUAUCUAUCAAAUGCUCAAUCGCGCACUUCGAACAUUGGAUGCCGAUACAAUUAUUAAUAUGGGAUUUUUUAUUCGUGAUCUCCAUCAACAAAUUAAGCAACUACAUAAACAACAAUUUUCAAACUAUCGUGGCAAGCCUUUUGAAGUUUACCGAGGCCAAGUUUUCUUGAAAACUAAUUUCGACAAACUCAAAAAAACAGAAGGUGGUCUCAUGUCUUUUGACAGUUUUUUAUCCACUAGUAGGGACCGAGAUGUUGCGCUUGAGUUCGCCAAGAAUGUGUUAGAAAAUACAGACAAGCUGGGAGUGCUUUUUAUAAUGACUAUUGAUCCACGUGUCUCAUCAGCACCAUUUGCUUCUAUAGAUGAAAUUAGUUAUUUUAAGGCAGAAGAAGAAGAAAUUCUCUUCUCCAUGCACACCGUGUUUCGAAUAGGUGCAAUUAAACAAAUGAAUAAUAAUGAUUUACUUUAUCAAGUUGAACUUCAACUAACUGCUGAUGAUGACGAACAACUUCGACAACUGACUGAAUGUAUGAGCAAAGACAUUGUGGGUGCGACAGGAUGGGAACGAUUAGGUAACUUAUUACUCAAAACAGGUCAUUGUAAUAAGGCUGAAGAAUUAUAUAAAACACUACUUGAGCAACCAUCGAACGAGUGUGACAAAGGACAUUAUUAUGAGCAGCUUGGAGUUGUCAAAUAUCAACAAGGUAACUAUGAUCAGGCUAUUAAAUAUUACGAAAAAGUAAUUGAAAUUCAAGAAAGAACUCUUCCUGUAAAUCAUCCUUCAUCGGCUACUUCCUACAACAACAUUGGUAGUGUAUAUAAGAAAAUGGCAGAGUAUUCGAAAGCACUUUUAUUUUACGAAGAAGCACUAAGAAUUCGACAAAAAAAUCUUUCUGCAGAUCAUCCUGACUUGGCGACUUCCUACAACAGCAUUGGUAGUAUGUGUGAUAGCAUGGGAGAGUACUCGCAAGCACUUUCAUUUUACAAAAAAGCACUUAAGAUUCGAGAAGAAAUUCUUCCUCCAAAUCAUCCUUCAUUGGCUACUCCUUAUAGCAACAUUGGUAUGGUAUAUAUGCACAUGAGAGAGUAUACGGAAGCACUUUUAUUUCACGAAAAAGCACUUGGAAUCAAAGAAAGAACUCUUCCUGGAAAUCAUCCUUCAUUGACUACUUCUUACAACAACAUUGGUACUUUAUAUGAAAAGAUGGGAGAGUACUCGAAGGCACUUUCAUUUCACGAAAAAGUAGUUGGAAUAUGGGAAAAAACUCGUCCUGCAAAUCAUCCUGAUUUGGCUGCUUCCUACAGCAACCUUGGUAGUCUAUAUUAUAGCAUGGAAGAAUAUUCGGAAGCACUCUCAUAUUUUGAACGUGCUUUGGACAUUUUCAAAGUUUCAUUACCACCAAAUCAUCCUAAUCUUAAAACUGUGGAAGUGUGGAUUGAAAGUGUAAAAGAAGAAUUGUAG